AUGGACGCCGACCCGAAAGCCGGCGAAGCGGCGCCGACCGUGCAGGACUUCCCUCUGUAUCUCGACCUCGGUAGUGGACUCACUGCCAAGCUCGAGGAACACGACUACGCCGUCCUCGUAGACCAUAGGCUAGAGUUCAACGCCCGUUGCUUGGGAUUCUGCAUCAAUCCUACCGUUCUUACCUUUGACGCUGAGGGACGUGCGGUUGACUUUGACGUGUGGGUUGACGACCUCCAGCUCUUUCUUCAGUGUGAUUCUAGGGAUGGGGUGUCCCUUUUUUAUCACACGUCCGGUGUUUCUACUGCUCCUACUGCCACUGCUGACAGUACGGUUCGCUCGCAGUGGACCACUCGUGACGCUGUUGCUCGUCUUGCUGUUCGUAGUCACCUGCCGCCUGCUGAGCGCGCGCAUUUUGGCCAGUACAAGACUGCUCAGUCUUUGUACGACGCUGUAGUUGCGCGCUACUCCUCACUUGCCACUGCUGCCCUCAGCCGCCUCAUGCUGCCGUACCUUUUCCCUGACCUUGCUGCCUUUGCCACAGUCGCUGACCUAGUUGCCCACCUUCGCACUAGUGACGCUCGCUACCGCGCUGCCCUUCCCACUGAGUUCUGUGCCAAGAACCCCCCCCCCAUGUACAUCACCCUUUACUACCUAGUCACCCGCCUCCCUGACUCACUUUCUUCAGUCAGGGACCACUUUCUCUCCCUUUGCCCCACCGAGCUGACUGUCGACCUGCUAGAGGAGCGCCUUACUGCAGUUGUGAAGAGUAUCUUAGCUGUAGGUGCUUCUCGCGGCGACCGUCGCACCCCUUUCUUUGAGGGGUGUUCCCCUGUCCCCCUUCUCCCCUCGGUUGCUUCUGCUGCUGCUGUCGACCUCGUUGGCACUGAGGAGGUUGGAGCUGCGUCUGCCCCUAGUGGGAGACGCCGCAACAGCAGAGGCAAGGGGGCAAGGGUGGUGGAGGGGGCGGCGGGGGGGGUGGUGGAGGAGGUGGAGGAGGCGGAGGAGGUGGCGGUGGAGGUGGGGGUGGUACCGGGAGUGGGGGCUUCAGUGGCGGCGGUGGAGGUGGUGGAGGCAGCGGAGGAGGUGGAGGAGGCAGCAGCAGCGGUGGUGGAGGUGGCGGCGGUGGUGGUGCUGGUCGAGGUGCAGCCGUGCAGCGUGGAGGCUUUGGUGGUAGCCAGCGCCAGCAGCAGCCACGCUCCCGUGAGACUCCGUCGGUCCAGCAGCUUCGUGAGUGGUACGCUGGGCGUGGGAGGUCUGGGGGUGCUGGUCCCUGCACUUACGUUCUUCGCUCCGGCACUCGUAAUGGGGAGGUGUGUGGGCUUCCACACACUACGCAGCGCUGCUUCGGUCGCUUGA